ACAAGCUCCUUCCCUAUCUAUCCCCUGACCUUUCCUUCCUUAUAUAUGGCCAGAUGUAAGAAAAAUGGUAAAAAAAUUUCUUCAGAAGAAGCAACAAAGCAAACAUAACAAAAAGCCAAAUUUUUAGUUUCAAAAUCCAAACUCGGUUGCAUUUAAAGAAACAAUAUACAUGCCUUUUAUUCUAUGUGUUUAUUAGUUUCGAAGGUGAUAAUAAUGGAGUAUGUCGGAGCUCGGAACUUCGCGGCAAUGGCGGUUCCUACACGUGCCUUUUGGAAAGCAAACCUGAUGAGGACUAAAACAACGAUUCCAAGUCAUAAUCGGCUUAUUUCCUUAAAGGUGAGAGCUAGUGGAGCAAGGAGCGAUAGUUGCGUUGCGGUUAAAGAAGAUUUCGCCGACGAAGAAGAUUUCAUAAAGGCCGGUGGCUCUGAGAUUCUCUUUGUUCAAAUGCAACAAAAUAAAGAAAUGGAUAAACAGUCGAAAUUAGCGGAUAAGGUUUUCACUUUGCUCACUUUAGUUCGAUUUUCAUUUGUUGGAACUAAUAUCGGGAGAUAAAUGGAUCUUUUCCCUUUUUUUUUUUUGGUUAUUUCUGCGUGUAAAUAUGGGGGCCCUACUGGUGGCUUUUGAGCCACAAGAAUUUACAUCCUUUUCUGGAUUGCGUUUUUAAAGUGGCGACACGAAGAUUGGAAAAAAAAAAGUUAAAUACUCAUGAAAGUUAUGACAUAUGAUGGUCACGUGCAUCUGGUCAAUAGUAUAUGGCCGCCUUCUUUGCCCUUAAUUUUUGCGUUACCGCCCAUAUCAACUGGGGAAAACGUAUUGGACCUGGUGGUUAUUGGUUGUGGUCCGGCUGGUCUUGCUCUUGCUGCAGAGUCUGCUAAGUUGGGUUUAAAUGUUGGACUAAUUGGCCCUGAUCUUCCUUUUACCAAUAAUUAUGGAGUAUGGGAAGAUGAGUUUAAAGAUCUUGGCCUUGAAAGAUGUAUUGAGCAUGUUUGGCGGGACACCAUAGUAUACCUUGAUGAUGAUAAGCCUAUUAUGAUUGGUCGUGCUUAUGGACGUGUUAGUCGAUACUUGCUCCAUGAGGAGUUGUUGAGGAGGUGUAUCGAGUCAGGUGUAAUGUAUCUUAACUCGAAGGUAGAGACGAUUGUUGAAGCUACCGAUGGUCGUAAUCUUGUAGUUUGUGAACACAAUCGUGUCAUUCCUUGCUGGCUUGCUACUGUUGCUUCAGGAGCAGCUUCAGGUAAACUCUUGCAAUAUGAGGUAGGGGGUCCAAGGGUAUCUGUUCAAACAGCUUACGGCGUCGAGGUUGAGGUGGAGAACAAUCCUUAUGAUCCAAGCCUGAUGGUUUUCAUGGAUUACAGAGACUAUGCUAAACAAGAAGUUCAAUCUUUAGAAGCACAAUAUCCAACAUUUCUUUAUGCCAUGCCCAUGUCUUCAACAAGAGUUUUCUUUGAGGAAACUUGUUUGGCCUCAAAAGAUGCCAUGCCUUUUGAUUUAUUAAAGAAGAAGCUCAUGUCAAGGUUAGAGACCAUGGGAAUCCGGAUUUUAAAAGUUUAUGAAGAGGAGUGGUCUUACAUCCCAGUUGGUGGUUCCUUGCCAAACACAGAGCAGAAGAACCUUGCAUUUGGUGCUGCAGCAAGCAUGGUGCAUCCAGCUACUGGUUAUUCGGUUGUCAGAUCAUUGUCAGAGGCUCCAAAUUAUGCUUCUGUAAUUGCAAAUAUCCUAAAGAAGGAUAAUUCUAAUGGCUUGCUUACCAGUGAAAGAAAUAAUUGGAAUAUCUCAAUGCAAGCUUGGAAUACUCUUUGGCCACAAGAAAGGAAACGCCAGAGGUCAUUCUUUCUCUUUGGGCUAGCACUCAUACUGCAACUAGAUAUUGAAGGCAUUCGAACAUUCUUCCAUACAUUCUUCCGUUUGCCAAGUUGGAUGUGGCAAGGAUUUCUUGGUUCUACUCUUUCCUCUGCCGAUCUCAUUCUGUUUGCCUUUUAUAUGUUUGUCAUAGCACCAAACGAUAUGAGAAUGUCCCUUGUCAGGCACUUAAUCUCAGAUCCAACUGGAGCAACUAUGAUAAGAACAUAUCUCACAAUAUAGAUGGUAUCUUUGUAUUUCUUCCCUUGUUUGGUUGUAUUUUUCAAUUGCUUUUCAAGCAAUAUUAUGAGGAGCCUAUCUACCAUGAAAAUAAGUAGGCAUUGUAUAUUCAAAUGUUUGCAUGUACAUCUUCUUUAGUUAAAUAUGGUGCGUAUUUUUCUUCCAAA